CACAUACCUUUCACGCAUGGUUUACCUGAGAGAACCGUGCGGAGAUUAGCAGUAGUAAGAUUUGGCGACACGAAGGAUAAACAAAUUGGCAGUAUCUUGAUCAUCCACAGUAAAUAAGCAGAAUUUUUAAGUAUUAUGUAUGGAUGCAAGCAUUGCAGUCUGUGUCUCAAAUCUGGUUGCCACAAUUUUCAAAUCUUUUGAACUGUGUACAACUUAUCAUACAUUUCUAUUUGUGAAGCUGUUCAUGUCUGGUGCGUGGAAGCAAUGAACCGAACAAGAAUGCUGUUUCUGAAAGAGUAAAAGCAAUUGUUCCUAAAGAUAUGAAUUUAAAAGAGUUUUCAUCUUGGCACCAUCAAAAUCGAGUUAUGAAUAUAGAUAGAAAAGAUAAGCGCUCUUACUAUUUCUAGAGAACAAGCCAGUCGCCUGAAAUAGCUAAUGUUAAUUAUAUGAUCUAAACGCAAGUACAACAAGUACAAUUUCAUCGAUAUGAAUAUUUGAUAUGAAAAUUUUUUAUGCUAUAUAUGCAAUAGAGGUAUGUUAUCGAUUUAAGAUUUUAAAGAAUAACAUACUAACUAGAUAAAUAAAAAUAAUUCAUUUGUGCCAUGUGAAUCAGAUUGCUUCGUCAGAAACAACAUUUCAUUAUACUUAUGGCAGAGAAAUAUCGCAAAUAUCACAUGUAGAUUUGUGUAAAAAAAAAAAAAAAAAAAAAAAAAAGCAAAAGAUUUUCUUUGAAUUAAGAUUUAAAGAGUCAUUUACUAAUGCAAGUAAAAAAGAAGCCUUAUCCUUUUUUUUUUUUUUUUCUUUUUUUUGUCUUGAGGCAUUUUCUAUCAAAGCAAUUUAAAGUGAGAUUUCUUCUCGUUCACGAAGCAAAUGUCCAGUGAAUCGUAUUCUCAGCAGGCAAGUUUAAAGACGCAUUUACUGACGCACACAAAAGAGAAACCGCAUGUUUGUGAUGUGUGUAAUAAAGCGUUUUCUCAACGAAUUAUUUUAAGGAACCAUUUACUGACUCAUACGAAGAAAACUGCAUUCGAAGAAAAACCAUAUGUUUGUGAUGUAUGCAAUAAAGGAUUUUCUGCACCAAGAAAUUUAAAGACACAUUUAAAGACGCAUUCGAAAGAAAAACCGUAUGUCUGUGAUGUGUGUAAUAAAGCGUUUCCUGUGCUAAUAAAUUUGAAAAGACAUUUGCUGACCCAUACAAAAGAGAAAAUGCAUGUUUGCAAUAUGUGUAAUAAAGCGUUUUCUAGGAAGGGUAGUUUGAUAAUACAUUUACUGACACAUACAAAAGAGAAGUCAAAUGUUUGUGAUUUGUGCAACAAAGCUUUUUCUCUCAAGGGAAAUUUAAAGAGACAUUUACGGACCCAUACAAAAGAGAAACCAUACAUUUGCGAUAAGUGCAAUAAAGCAUUUUCUCAAAAAUCAAAUUUGAAAGCACAUUAUGUGACGCAUACGGAAAAGAAUCCAUACGUUUGUAAUAUUUGCAAUGCUUCGUUUUCUGUGGUGAGUUUUUUGAAGUCACAUGAAUGGACGCAUACGAAUCAAAAAUCUUUUGUUUGUGAUGUGUGUAAAAGGGCGUUUUCUGGUCGAAGCAGUUUAAAAAGACAUUUGCUGACCCAUACGGAAGGGAAAUCGCACGUCUGUAAUAUUUGCAAUAAGUCAUUUUCUCAGAUCCACUACUUAAAGACACAUUUAAGAACGCACACUCAGGAGAAAUCUUAUGUUUGUGAUAUAUGUAAUAAAGGAUUUUAUGCAAUAGGAAAUUUAAAGAGACAUUUAAGGAGGUAUACAAAAGAGAAACCGUAUAUCUGUGAAGUAUGUAAUAAAGCGUUUUCUGUGUCGGUAAAUUUGAAAAGACAUUUGCUGACCCAUACAAAAGAGAAAGCGCAUGUUUGCAAUAUGUGUAAUAAAGCAUUUGCUCUGAAGGGAAAUUUGAAAAUGCAUUUAAUGACCCAUACAAAAGACAAACCGUAUAUUUGUGAUGUGUGCAACAAAGCUUUUUGUCUGAAGGGAAAUUUGAAACAACAUUUACUAACGCAUACAAAAGAGAAACCGUAUAUUUGUGAUAAAUGUAAUAAAGCGUUUUCUCAGCAAUCAUAUUUGAAAAUGCAUUUACUGACACAUACGAGAAAGUAACCGUAUAAUUCUGAUGUGUGUAAUAAACCAUUUUCUUAGCGAAACACUUUAAGGAAACAUUUAUUGACGCAUAAGAAAAAAUCUGUAUAUCUGUAGUAUCUUCAGUAAAGCAUUUUCUCAUGAAAUCAUUUUAAGCAAACAGUUAAAGAAAGACCGUGUGUCUGUGACUUGUGUAAUAAAGCCUUUUCUCAACCGGGUAAUUUGAAAAGACAUUUACUGGUGCAUACGAAAGAGAAACCAUAAGCUAGCGGGAUGUUCUAUAUUUUUUGAAAUAUGAAAAAUUUAAUAUGAUACAUUUUUGAUUUUGAAUACGACAUUUUUUUAAAAGAAAAAUUUGUUAACCCAUCUAUAUUAUAGGAAAAUAAUGAAGCUUCUUUUUUUUUUUUUUUUUUUCGUAGAAUUCUUUCCCUGAAUUCUACGAAAUUUAAUUAGACUUUUACUGAUCUUAUUUAAUUAGACUUUUACUGAUAUAUGCAAAUGCAUCUAACUUUGCAUGUUUGCAAAUCUUUUUCUUUUGAAAUAAAAUAACAUUUGUAACUUUGCAUAAGUACUUUUAUUGGGUCCAUUAUCAUGUUUCUUUCCACACGGAGAUUCGUAUAGCAUUUACACACGAUGCAGAACUUUUUUAUUAUCAAAGUUGUCUUUCAUCCAUUUAUGUGGCGUCUUUCGCCUAAGAAAAGAAAGUUCCCGUUAUGAUACACUUUAUUAAACAGCUUUUAAAAACAGUAAGUUAAACAAGCAAUUGUCUGGUAAAAAUGGCAAAAUUUCUCGUUUUGAGUUCUUUUAUAUUGCUAUAUUUCAGCAAUAUAAAAGAAUUAUAUUUCAGCAAUUAAGCAAAUGAUAGAAAUAUUGAUGUAUAAUUUCUAAAGUUACUGGUUAGGAAUUACGAACUUGUACAGGAAACAAACAACCACUUAUGAUAUUUUGAACA